CGCUGGGAGGGUUGCAUCAUUCUGGGAGCGGCGGUUGGCGGGCGGUUCGGCUCGGGAGGCCCAGAGCAGGAUGACGGGAGACGAUGCCGGUGUCACCGUAGGCCAACCGCACCUGGCGAAGCAGGAUCUCGGCUCCUUGGACGUUAGUAAAUUAACACCUCUCUCUCCUGAAGUUAUCAGCAGGCAAGCUACGAUCAAUAUAGGCACAAUUGGUCAUGUAGCCCAUGGCAAGUCCACUGUAGUUAAAGCUAUUUCUGGUGUUCAGACUGUCCGAUUUAAAAAUGAACUGGAAAGAAAUAUUACUAUCAAGCUCGGAUAUGCCAAUGCAAAGGUUUACAAACUUGAUGAUCCUAGUUGUCCGAGGCCUGACUGUUACAGGUCGUGUGGUAGCAGUACACCAGAUGAGUUCCCUUCAGAUAUCCCUGGAACCAAAGGAAAUUUUAAGCUAGUCAGGCACGUUUCUUUUGUGGAUUGCCCAGGGCACGACAUCUUGAUGGCUACUAUGUUGAAUGGAGCUGCUGUCAUGGAUGCAGCUUUGCUUCUGAUAGCUGGUAAUGAAUCUUGCCCACAGCCUCAGACUUCAGAACAUCUGGCUGCUAUUGAAAUCAUGAAACUGAAACAUAUUCUGAUUCUGCAGAACAAGAUUGACCUUGUAAAGGAAAGUCAAGCAAAGGAACAGCAUGAACAGAUUCUUGCUUUUGUUCAGGGUACAGUUGCAGAAGGAGCACCAAUUAUUCCAAUCUCAGCACAGCUAAAAUAUAACAUUGAAGUAGUGUGUGAAUAUAUUGUAAAAAAGAUUCCAGUUCCCAUUCGAGAUUUUAUAUCUGAACCGAGGCUAAUUGUAAUUCGAUCUUUUGAUGUCAACAAACCUGGCUGUGAAGUAGAUGAUCUAAAAGGUGGUGUGGCUGGUGGCAGCAUUCUGAAGGGAGUAUUAAAGGUAGGGCAGGAACUUGAAGUUCGACCUGGUAUUGUGUCAAAAGACCAUGAGGGGAAGCUGAUGUGCAAGCCCAUCUUUUCAAAGAUUGUGUCACUCUUUGCGGAGCACAAUGACCUUCAGUUUGCAGUACCAGGUGGCCUUAUUGGUGUUGGAACUAAAAUUGAUCCAACUUUAUGCCGUGCUGAUCGUAUGGUGGGACAGGUGCUUGGUGCUGUUGGAGCUCUUCCAGAAAUCUUCACAGAACUGGAAAUCUCCUAUUUUCUUCUCAGGCGAUUGUUGGGUGUGCGUACAGAAGGAGACAAGAAAGCAGCAAAGGUACAAAAGUUAUCCAAAAAUGAGGUGUUGAUGGUAAAUAUAGGAUCCCUUUCUACUGGAGGAAGGGUCAGUGCUGUGAAAGCUGAUUUGGGGAAGAUAGUGCUCACAAAUCCAGUGUGCACAGAAGUUGGUGAAAAGAUUGCCCUUAGCCGAAGAGUAGAGAAACACUGGCGUUUAAUUGGCUGGGGUCAGAUAAGAAGAGGUGUAACGAUAAAGCCAACAGUUGAUGAUGAUUAACCUAGAGAGAAUUAUAUCAUUGAAGAGGACAAGUGGACUGCCUGUCGCAGUAUAUAACAUUUCCAAAUACAGUUAAAUACUACUUAAACAUGGUUGAAAAGAACUUAUGGUAUCAAGCCAGUUGACUUGGAAAAGUGAUUUUUUAAAAAAACUGCAAAUAUCUCCUGGUGAUAAAAAAAACUAAUUUAUAUUUGAUUAGAAAUUGUUUUCGCUGCAAGAAUAAAGUUUCAUUUCAAUCAGGUCUGUCAACAUUGGCAGUCAGUG